CGUUUUGAAACUUGAGACUGUAUUUGUGUAAUUUGUAGGCACCAAAGAUGAUACAAAGAAAUGUAAUCUCAGGAAAAAAAUUUCCGACUACAUGGAUAGAGCAGAAAACAUAAAGAAGUAUUUGGAUCAAGAAAAAGAAGAUGGAAAGUAUCACAAGCAAAUUAAAAUAGAGGAGAAUGCAACAGGAUUCAGUUAUGAGUCGCUUUUUCAAGAAUACCUUAAUGAGACAGUGAGAGAAGUUUGGAUAGAAGACCCUUAUAUUAGACAUACUCAUCAGCUGUAUAACUUCCUUCGAUUUUGUGAGAUGCUUAUCAAGAGACCAUUCACAAGAUUCAGUUCAAGCAAGGAAAACCUGGACGUAAUGCUUCAGCUAGAGGGCGUUGGGAAAGCGCAGCAAAUUAGUGGCCUGGAAGAAAUAAAAGCAUCACUUAGGAAUCAUGGAGUGCUGUUGGAAUUGGAAUAUUCUUCUUCCAUACAUGACCGAGAAAUUAGGUUCAACAAUGGAUGGAUGAUUAAGAUUGGAAGGGGACUGGAUUAUUUUAAGAAACCACAGGGUCGUUUUUCCCUUGGAUAUUGUGAUUUUGAUUUAAGACCAUGUCAUGAAACAACAGUGGACAUUUUUCAUAACAGGCACACGAAAAAAAUAUGAUGGGCAGUAGCUUAAUUUACAGUGUAUAUUUCUAUUUUAAGUGAAUAUUAGAUUUUUUUAUACUUUGGACAGAUUAUUCCUAUAAAAUGUGAAUUUAAUAAUAAACUUGUACAUUCCUACUAA